UCAAAUUUUGUUUAAUUUAUCAUCAACAAUCUUGUCUUCUCCCGAGAUGGAGAUUCGUUCAUAUAUGCAGGCUGUUUUUGGCUGUUGUUUCAGUAUGUUUAAAGCUUCAAUUAUCGAAGUGAUUAUUUCUGGUGGCGAUGGAUUUCGGGAAAAUGUGGCUUGUUUCGUUGAUUUUGGUGGAGUUGAUGUGUUGUGUGGUAGGACAUUUUGUGUUUGAAGUUCAUCACAAGUUUGAUGGCGAGGGAGAGACGGUUUUGGGAGCUAUGAGAGAUCACGAUUCGCAUCGCCAUGGCAGAAACCUUGCGGCCAUUGAGUUUCAGCUCGGCGGCCAUUAUUCCCCAGCUUUACAUUCGCUCUAUUUCACCAAUAUUACGAUUGGGACUCCUCCUGUGGACUAUCAUGUCCAUAUAGAUACGGGAAGUAAUACGCUAUGGGUGAAUUGCCACGACUGUGAAAGCUGUCCCAAGAAAAAUAGAUUUGGUGUAGAAUUCAAGCGGUAUGACUUGGCGGCCUCUUCCACUGGGAAGAAUGUCACUUGCGACGAGGACUUUUGUCGUGCUGCAUCGAGUAGCUCAAAUAAUAAUUGUCCAGCUGGAUCCGGAAGGCAAUGUGAAUAUUCUGUUGCUUAUGUAGAUGGCGACAAAACUGCGGGAUUCUUUGUCAGAGAUAAUUUUGGAUUCAACCAAGUGACUGGAAACCUUCAAACGUCAACAAUGAAUGAAUCCAUAGCAUUUGGGUGCUCAAUGUCUGAAGACCCCACUAAGGACGUUGAUGGAAUACUUGGUCUUGGACUAGCAAAUGAAACCAUUCUUGCACAACUUGCUUCCUCUGGAAAGGUGAAAAAGGUCUUUUCACAUUGCUUAGAUGGAAACCGGGGAGGUGGAAUUUUUGCUAUUGGAGAAGUAAUGGAUCCAAAAGUCAAUAGAACACCUUUGGUCCCAAAUGAAUCACAUUACAGUGUGAAUUUGAAGUCACUGGAGGUAGGUGGCCAACUCUUAAACCUUUCGACAAACUCGCCUGCAAUGAGAUUGAGUAGAAGGACUAUAAUCGACAGUGGCUCAUCAUUGGCCUAUCUUCCAUCUGAGGUUUAUCAACAGGUUUUGGAAAAGAUGACGACGAAGCAUCCAGGUCUGCAGACUCGUAUAGAGCAAGGGUUCACAUGUUUUCAGUACAAUGGAACUGAUGAUGAUGGCUUCCCAAUCGUAUAUUUUCAUUUCGAAAACUCUCUCAUUUUGCCAGUUCAUCCCCACAGUUUUCUCUUUAGAUUCACAGAUAACGAAUAUUGUAUCGGCUGGAAAAAUAGUAGUAGUGUGCUGCCAAGCGACGAAAGCGAUAUAUUUUUGUUGGGAGAUAUAGUAUUAUCAAACAAGCUUGUUGUGUAUGAUCUGGAAAAUCAGACCAUUGGAUGGACAGAAUACAACUGUUCAUCAAGUAUCAAAGUGAGAGAUGAAGCAACUGGGAAUGUUUAUGGUGUUGGCUCACAUCUUAUAUCUUCAAACCAACACUCCUUUUGCUUCUAG